AUGUCCAUGAAGAGCAAGCAGCGCAAAUCCACCACCACCACCACCACCACCACCACCACUCCAACCCCAACAAAACGAAGAGCCAUCGGCGGACCCCGCGAUGGACUCGGCGCCUACAUCGCCAACCCAACCGCCUACCCCUCUAGCACCGUAAUUUACCACAACGACGACUUCGUCGCGGUCCGCGACCUCUUCCCCAAAUCCACACUACACCUGCUCCUCCUACCCCGCGACCCCACCAAAAUGCGCCUCCACCCGUUUGACGCCCUCUCCUCCUCCUCCGACGGCGGGGCGUUCCUGGACAAGGUGCGGGCGGAGACGCAGCGGCUGCGCGCGCUGGCCGCGGGCGAGCUGCGCCGGAUGCACGGGCGGUACUCGGCGCAGGAGGAGGCGCGGAGGGCGGCGCUGGACCGCGACCCCCCGCCGGUGGAGCUGCCGCGCGGGCGCGACUGGGAGCGCGAGAUCAUGUGUGGGAUCCACGCGCAUCCGUCCAUGAACCACCUGCACAUCCAUGUCAUCUCCGUGGACCGCUACAGCGACCGGCUGAAGCAUCGGAAGCAUUACAAUAGUUUCUCUACGCCGUUCUUCGUGCCUAUCGAGGACUUUCCCCUCGCGAAAGAUGAUCCCCGGCGGCGGCCGGAUGAGAUGGGGUAUCUGCGCCGGGACUUUGUCUGUUGGCGCUGUGGGCAGGGGUUUGGGAAUCGGUUCACGGAGCUCAAGGCGCACCUUGCGGAGGAGUUCGACGCUUGGAGGCGGUUAUAA